UUUCAUGUGAUGUUUAGCACCACCGUCAAGCUUCGUUACGCCACGCGCGGUCCCGCUCGAUGGGUCCAACGUUUCCACCUUCUGAUCGAAUGACUUUACAUUACUCACGUUACAUUUGCUGGCUGUCGGAGUGAAUUAAUUCGGUACACGUGUCGUUUCGACUUUCCACUCUUUUUGUUUUGAUUUGCUUAUCAUCCACAAGUAUUCUCCGUUAUAAACUAGUGUGUCGUCAUUGGGAAUCUGAUUGCGGAAUGGCACGUUAAUCAGUUUCUAUUUUCAAUAGUUUUAUACUGAAUUUAAUAGGGUCGACCGGAAUUGCUCGCGUCGACAUCCGUCAUCGUUUCCAGCUUUACAAAAAUCAGUGUGGUUUUGUGGUGUGAAUGAAAAAGAGAGAGGAACAUAACGAUCGCAGUCAGAAAUUUUGAGCAAUUGUGCGUAACCAGUGCGUUUUUAUUGUGCCACAUGAAAACAAGUUUUAUUGAUUAUACCGAAAUUCAGGGAAGAAAAAGCAAUACCCAGUAAAUAUGGGGAUGAUGAAAGUUUCUCGGAAAACGACACAUGUGCUUCCCAUAUUCCUUCUUUUGUCCUUGUGCGUCAUAACGGGUUCGGUUCAAGUGGUCAGCCGCCAGGAUGGAGACAUCAUGCUCGGCGCCUUAUUCCCGAUUCACGCCAAAGGCUCUUCGCCGGAAGGCUGCGGACCCUUGCAGGGCGAUGAUGGAAUCCAGCCGCUGGAAGCUCUUCACUUCACACUGGACCAAAUCAACCGCGAUCCAAAUCUUUUACCCAACAUCACUCUUGGUGUACUGGCGUUCGAUUCAUGCGACAAUAUCGUCAACGCCCUUGACCAAUGUCUCGAUUUCAUCAAAGGCACAGUGGAAAAGAGUUUUUUGACGAGGAUACAGGAAGAAAAGCGGGGCCAGCUGGAAGCUUGUUCAGCCGGAACCGCGACGGCCAGCGAAACGUUAGCUGAACUGACCGGCAUUCAAAAGCCCGUAGUGGGUGUUAUCGGCGACCAGUCCUCCGACAUAACUAUUCAAGUGACGAGUUUGUUGAGGAUUUUCAAAAUUCCACUCAUCAGUUAUCAGUCGACUAGCCCAACGCUUUCCGAUAGGGAGCGGUUCGCAUAUUUCUUCCGCACGGUGCCGAGUGACGUGACACAAGCCUACGCCAUUUUGGAGAUCUUACGGAAUUUCAAUUGGACGUUUGCGUCGCUAGUCUACGAAGACUCUGAGUACGGCGUCAAGGGUUAUGAGACCUUAUUGCGAUUAGCCUCGAGAUAUGGUGUCUGUUUCGGGGCUCAAAUCCGCGUGGACAUUAAGCGUUUCAAGACGACAGAUUUCGAUCAGGUGCUGGGAAAAUUGCAAUCUCAAUCUCAAUCUCGCAUCGUCGUCUUGUUCAGCGGAAAAUCUUGCGCAGCUCAACUGAUGGCAGCCACAAAGCGAAUCACCACAAAAAAUUCCAAGCCUCUCAUUUGGGUCGGAUGCGAUGGCUGGUCCAGCAGGGACGUCGUCACCACUGGAUUUGAAACUAUUGUUGAAGGUGCCAUCACUGUUCAGCCUCUUGUUCGACACCUGGAUGGUUUCGAUAGCUAUUUUAAAGCACUAAGGCCAGACACCAACAUCCGCAAUCCUUGGUUUUCAGAGUAUUGGCAGGAUUUCUUCAAAUGUCGACUCAAGUUGGAGCAAUUACCCAAAGGCAUUAUGCCCAGUCAGUAUAGUGAUCCUUGCAAACCUGGGCUACAUAUCACCGAUAAGCGGCUCACUUCCGUCAAAUUUUUGCAAUUUAUCCGUGACGCUGUCUACGCCUACGCUCACGCACUGCACAAUCAAUGGCAGGCUGAAUGCGAAGGCCGUCCGGGUGUUUGUGAAAAGAUGCGGAAUGCGGAUGGCAGCGUUUUAAAGUUCUACCUAGAAGGGGCUAGUUUUACAGAUCAGAAUAAGCGCGUGUUCAAAUUUUACCAUGGAGGAGAUGGACCACCGCGUUACUCUAUUCUUAAUUUUCAAAAGCACGACGACGACAGCUAUAUUUGGAAGGAGAUUGGAAGCUUUUUUCUUGGAGCAAACGAUCAACCCAAGCUGGAAAUCGAUCGCAAAGUGAUGCAAUAUCGGAGAUACGAAAAACUCUAUCCCAACUCGACGUGUAAGGAGCAUUGCGAUGCUAAAAAAGGCCUUGUACCAUAUCUACAAAGCAACAACAGCUGUUGCCCGGACUGUAAGAAAUGUGAGCCGUUUGAGAUGAUCCAAGGCGGACAUUGCCAACCGUGUCCUAACGGAAUGAUGCCCAACGAAAAUCGUUCCCGCUGUCUCUGGAUCGACGAGCAGAUCAUCGAUUACCGGAAUCCUUGGGCCGCUGGUUCCAUGGCAUUUGCUUCGUUUGGAAUACUGUUGACUCUGGCUGUGGCUUUCAUUUUUUGGCGGCAUCGGCAAACUCCCGUGAUCAAGGCUUCGGGGCGAGAGCUGUCGGCUAUCCUUUUAUUGGCCACAUUCUGUUCAUUUGCCAUGACCUUUCUGAUUGCUUCAAGGCCUACUGGUUUCAAAUGUGGCGUCACUCGGUUUUCACUCGGCCUCACGCACACCCUUGCCUUCGCAGCAAUUGCAGUCAAAACCAACAGAGUGGCUCGUAUUUUCGGGAAGAAAACUGGAGCGGCGGCAUUGACCUGCCCGCGUGCCAAGUACAUCAGCCCACGAUCUCAACUGGCCAUCACGGGCGCACUGACUUUGAUCGAGGUCGUCGUCAACGCCUCCUGGCUUAUCUAUCAGCCACCGAGAACCACUCACAUAUUCCCCGAUAGGUACAAGCGCGUACUCAUUUGCGAAGGAAUGGAUCAUUACACGUACCUCGUUGGGCUCGUCUAUCCUCUCAUUUUAAUUGGAUGCUGUACCGUCUACGCUUUUCAAACACGCAAGUGUCCAGGUGGAUUUAAUGAGGCUCGCUAUAUUGGCUUUACUACCUACACUACCUGCGUUCUCUGGAUGGCGUUCAUUCCGCUCUUUCUGACGGCGCCUACCACAACCCUCCGCAUAGUCACGCUCGCCAUGUCCAUGUCUAUCAGUGGCAUUGUCCAGUUGGCUUGCCUCUUUGCCCCGAAAGUUUAUAUCGUCUUGUGCAAACCAGAGAAAAACACUCGAACGGGAGUCAUGGCGCAACAUCGUUCCAGCAGUUCGUAUGCGCUUGCGACUCCACCGAGCAUCGCACUUCAUCCGCUUCAUAAUCACCAGGGUAGCCAGUUGACAAUCGUAAAUGGAGUCGAAGUUGGCGACAUGUUGACGGAUGUUGCCAGUCAACAACAGCAACGCAAGAAAUCGAUUCAAGCUCAGCACUUACUGGGCGCUUCGUCCGACUGUGAGGACAACACAAUGAGGCUGUCGCCACACAACAGCGAACUGCACUUGCCUGAUGACACGAUCAGCGAGUCGAGUAUUUACACCCUUAAAUUGAAGAGGCCAAGCAAAGGCACUGUGCAUUUCGAUUGCGAAGACAUUGACGUCAUAGACCAGCAAAAGCAGCAACAAAUGAAAGUCGGCAACAUGUCCAACGACUUUGGCUCGAAAUCAAUCGACUGAUUACUGAACCUAUCCGUUAGGACCAAACCCAAGAUGAAUCAUUAUUACAUAUACAUAAAAAGGAAACAUUGACUACCUCUUCCUGAUGGAUGUCGACACAUGAAUCCCAUCCGCUUAACAAAAAGCCGACACCAUCACGAUUCCUAAUUGCAUAAUCUUUUACGUUUUGUUAACGAUUUUUAUUAGUUGAAUUGCUUGCCAAGAGAUGGCAUGAAAUUCCGCGGGAGGUUUUAACUUGGUUGUUAACCCUCCUUUAAAAAUGCCAGUUUUCUUGAGGAAGAAAACAAAAUGUCGAGAAAAUGAAGAAAGUGCAAACGAAGGACAUUUUGGCCAUCGUCCUCUUAAAUUUCGCUCUUUUUCUUCUGCAUUUUACUUUCUUCCUAAGUGUUUUGUUAUGAUAAAUAUACCGUCAGCCCGUUUCA